AUGCCUGAGCACACCCCUGCCUCCAGGCUCCGGCUCUCUGGGCUGUGCUUCUUCCUCCAAAUCCUCACCAUCAUCCUCUUCGCUGUCUUUGUGCGGUACAGCCCGGAGAGCAGCCCCGACCUCUGCUCCCAGCAGAUGAACUGCAGCCAGAGAAAACCCGACUCAGGUUUUCAGCAUCCCCGGUUCCGGGAUGUCCACCUCCGAGCUCUCCUUGGCUUCGGGCUCCUGCUGACCUUCCUCGGCCGCUACGGGCCAGGCAGUGUGGCCAUCCGCAUCCUCAUCAUGGCCUUCGCCAUCCAGUGGGCUGUACUGAUCCAGGGGUUUUUGUACUUCUUCCUGAACGGCAAAAUUGACGUGGGAGCUCAGAGCAUGGUCGGUGCUGACUUCUGCACAGCAGCCGUCCUCAUCUCCACCGGAGCCGUGCUGGGCAGGGUAAACCCCGUCCAGAUGCUGCUGCUGACGCUGCUGGGAGUCACCCUCUUCUCUCUCAACGAGUACAUCCUGCUCAGCCUCAUGGGGGUGAGCGACAGCGGCGGCUCCUUGACCGUCCACACCUUCGGGGCGUACUUCGGCUUGAUGAUUUCACGGAUCUUGCACCAGCCCCACAUGGACAAGAGGACAGAGCAGCAGGCUGUGGGGCAGCAGUCAGAGGUCUUUGCUGCUGCUGGAACCAUCUACCUGUGGAUCUUCUGGCCCAGCUUCACCUCAGCCACCGCAGCCAGUGACAACACCGAGCCCUGGGCAAUGCUCAACAGCUACUUCUCGCUGGCGGCGAGCACCAUGGCCACCUUCGUGCUCUCGCCUGUGCUCUAUGAGGAGGACACGCUGCGGAUGGUCCAGAUCCAGGACGCCGCCUUGGCCAGCGCUGCUGUGAUGGGGAUGGCGGGGGAGAUGCUGGUCACCCCCUUCGGGGCUCUCGCCGCGGGGUUUCUGGCCGGCUUGAUCUCCUCGCUUGGCUUCAAAUUCCUUACGCCCGUCCUGCGCUCCAGGCUGAAAACCCAGGACACGUGUGGGGUUCACAACGUUCACGGGCUGCCGGGGGUCCUGGGUGCCUUGCUGGGGACACUGCUGGCAGCGCUGGUCACAGCAGAUGCUUACGGUGGCAG